AUUUCUCUAGACUAGAUACAAUUGGAGCAGUUUAUUCAUUUACUGACACCAAGCAGAGAAAAUAGUGUAUGAUGGAAAUGAAAAGUACAUUAGUACGAGGCACAAAGAAAAUCCAAAACACACAUCUGGAUUAGUUCUGACCGAGAGCGGAGAGUUGUGUCAUUUCCCUUUUCACUAUGCCCGCAUGCAGCACCACACUUGUAUCUCAAAAGGAAAGAAUGGACCCAGACCAUGGUGCUCCCUCACUAGGAAUUUUAAUAUUGACAAGAGUUGGUCCUAUUGUGUGGAGGGUCACAAAGUGACAGAUCAUUGUAAGAACAACCCUUGUGAGUCUAGAGGUGUGUGUGAAAACACUUUAAGGGGAUAUCACUGUGAAUGCUAUGAGCCAUACACAGGCAAGAAUUGCAGAAAAGACAAAUGCUAUGAUGAAAAACUGCAAGAGUAUUUCGAACCCAAGGAAAAAUGGCUGAGGUAUACACCCCCCAUUUUGGAAGAAUGCAACUGCCAUGAGCAUAGAAAAGUGUGUAAAAAAACCACUGGGAAACAGUGUGCUCGCAACCCAUGCCUCAAUAGAGGACACUGCAUUCAACACAAAGAUGACAGGGUCUGUGGCUGUGCCCAGGGAUUUUCAGGAAAGCACUGUGAAAUAAAUCAUAAAGAGACUUGCUACAAAGGCAAUGGCACCAGCUACAGGGGCACAGCAAAUGUCACUGUAUCAGGAACAACCUGUUUAAACUGGGAGUCUGACAUCAUAGAACAUGAGGUUUCACGGUACAGCGGAAAGCAUGCAGAGAGAAAUGGCCUAGGACCUCAUUCGUACUGCAGGAACCCAGAUGGUGACACACAACCUUGGUGUUUCACAAUGAAGGAAGAAAGAGUGAGCUGGGACCAUUGUUUACUUCCACCCUGCAACCAGUUACCAGCUAGUACUUUACCCCCACGAACCUCUAAACCCAAGCCUACCACACAGCAUGUGCCAUCUGUCAAUAUCUCUGGUACUCCUGGCACUUCAGAAGCUCCAAAGAAUCUUACACGAAUCAUACCUACAGACUGUGGAAUCACAUUUCGGAAAAGUCCCUCUAUAACUCCACGUAUUGUAGGUGGAUUGGUAGCGCUCCCCGCAUCUCAUCCUUAUAUGGCAGCGAUUUAUAUUGGGGACAGCUUUUGUGGAGGGACUGUUAUCUCCUCCUGCUGGGUUUUAACCGCAGCUCACUGUUUGGAUCGUAGACCAAGUGUGAAGGAUGUCACUGUGGUGCUAGGGCAGAGUCUGUUUAACAUUUCAGACCAGCGGACUGUCAGGUUCCCAGUACAGAAAUAUAUUCUUCAUGAGGCCUAUUCUGAUGAUACAUUUCAGCAUGAUAUAGCUUUAGUAAAAUUACAAGAUGUAAAAGGCGUCUGUGCUCAGUUCUCACAAUUUGUACAACCCGCCUGUUUACCAAAAAACAACAAAAGUGCUUCAGGUGCCCAACACUGUGAAGUGAUUGGUUGGGGCUAUCAGUACCAGGGAGCAGAGCACUAUGCGGUUUUUCUGCAGGAAGCACAUGUGCCUAUUAUCCCUAAUUCAGAGUGUCAGUCUCCUAUUGUCCAUGGCAAUAAGAUUUUACCAGGAAUGAUGUGCGCUGGAUUUCUAGAAGGAGGUGUAGAUGCAUGUCAGGGAGAUUCAGGAGGACCCCUUGUAUGUGAAGUAGAUAACAAAGAAAAUGUAUUUGGCAUUGUAAGCUGGGGAUCUGGAUGUGCGGUGGAGAAUAAGCCUGGUGUAUAUACAGAUGUGUACACUUACAUCAAUUGGAUCUUAGCUAACAUCAGCUGACGGACAUCAUGUGUAUAGGAAUCAGACAAAUAGCAACAUUUUUCAAAAUCCACAAUAGGUUAUUUUAUUUUCAUUAUGUUAAUUUAGUAUAUCCACACAUAGAAAUCUGAUGAAAUGUGGUUUGUGAUGUCUAAUAAACAAGGCAUGACAUGUACAAUGUGAGCGAGGGGGAUUAUAUUAUACAAUUAUUUCUUUAUUACUCAAGAUUAUCUAAAGGCCUAAAAUUACUUAUUCCCUAUAUGAAUUAAAAUGUAUGUGGUUUCCCAGCACCAGUAGAUAUCCUGGGGCUUCGGACUGCUUCAGGCAGCUUGGCAGCACAAGGUGUUGGGCCCAUCAAAAGACCUACUGUUAUAUUAAAUAUGUUCACACUUUAUUACAAAGUAAUAUAUUUUUCUGAUUAAUUCCAAUAUUAUUUGUAUAUAUGUUGUUAAUGUGUUACUGUACCCCUGAGAGUGAGCAGAGAACCCCAUGUG